GUUGGAUCUAAAGUUUGUAUGAAGGGAUUGGGAUGCUUCGAAAUCACUUCAGAUUUCUUUAACUGGAAACGUCGUCCUAUAAAUUUAUUGCCACAACCUAGGGAAGUUAUCAACACUCUGUUCAAACUAUAUACUAAUACACACCCAAGAGAACAUUUUUACUUGAGUGUCGAUCAAAAAGAAAAAUUCCUUUCUUCACCUUUUAAUCCCGAAUUUCCUACUAAGUUCAUCAUUCAUGGAUAUAUCGACAGUGAAUUAUUCGGACCGUGGCAAACGGCUUUAAAAGAUGAAAUGUUAUUAAAAGAAAGAUGUAAUGUGAUCAUUGUCGAUUGGAGUGGAGGCAAUCAGUUACCAUAUACACAAGCAACAUCAAAUACAAGAGUUGUUGGAGCAGAAAUUGCUUUGUUGGUUGAAACUUUAGAAGAAGUAGUUGGUCUGAAGAGAAGCGAUGUCCACAUAAUUGGCCACAGUUUAGGUGCUCAUAUAGCUGGAUAUGCUGGAGAAAGAUUACCUGGAUUAGGACGUAUUACUGGAUUGGAUCCAGCAGAACCUUAUUUUCAAGGGCUUCCACCAAUAGUUCGUCUAGAUGAAACCGAUGCUGAUUUUGUUGACGCAGUCCAUACUGAUUCUAAGAGUAUUUUAAUGAUGGGUUUAGGUAUGAGUCAAUUAGUAGGUCAUGUAGAUUUCUUUCCUAACAAUGGGCAAAGUCAACCCGGUUGCAUGAGUAGCAAACUUACCUCAAUAAUAACAGACGGAUUAAUAGAAGGUGGUCGAAGAUUCGUUGCUUGUAACCAUCAAAGGGCAGUGGAUUUCUUUACCAGUACAAUCAAUUACGGUUCUUGUGUUUCUGUUGGAUACAGAUGUUCAAAUUGGAACACUUUUCUAGAAGGCAAAUGUGCUGAAUGCGGACCAGACGGUAGCCAAUGUGCUAUAAUGGGUCCUAGAGCUAUAGAAUCUAAACGAUUUAAUCACACAAAUUUGAAGCUUUACCUGAAGACUAGUGGACGAGUUCCUUAUUGCCUUUUUCAUUAUCAAAUAAUUAUAAAAUUAUUCCGCGCGAAAAAUGCAGAAGACGUUACCGGAAGUGUAAAAGUUACUCUUCAUGGAGAAUUUUCUGACUUAGAAAGCACCUUGAGCGGAGAAGAUGUGACUUUAUAUGCAGGAAGUCGUUAUGCUUAUUUAGUAACAACAGAUAAAAACAUUGGACAAGUUAGAAGUGUAGGACUUUAUUGGAAGGAUUCUUCUUCGAUAGCCAAUCCGUUAAACUGGAUCCGAACUAAAAAAAUAUAUGUAGAAUAUAUAAGAGUAGUUCCAAUGAAUAUCGUUGAACUAAACAAACGAUUAGCGGAAACAAAAAAAUUAUGUCCGAAUAAUCCAUCAAAUCCAAUUAAAUCCAAAUCGUUGGCAGUUUUAACCGAUAAAUCUUGUUAAGAGAAUAAAACUGUAACGAAAUAUGCAAAUAAUAUUAAAAUGUUUUCUAAAUUUGUAAAUUUA